AUGGCAGAAUCAUUUGUGUUUGAUAUUGCUGAUUCACUGCUAGGGAAGCUUGCUUCUUAUGCCUAUGAUGAAGUUUCUCGAGCUUAUGGUGUGUUUGAUGAUCUAAAAGAGAUCAAAAACACUUUGUCAAUUGUCAGAGGUCUUAUUUUAGAUGCUGAGUAUAAGAAGGACAAAAAGCACGGGCUGCGAGAAUGGAUGAGACAGAUUCAAAACAUCUGCUCUGAUGCUGAAGACGUAUUUGAUGGAUUUGAGUUCCAACACAAGAGGAAGGAAGUUGUCGCAACUUCUAACAGCACUCAGAUGAAGGUACGACACUUCUUUUCUUCCUCUAAUCCAAUUGUUUUCCGUCCUAGGAUGGCACUUCAAAUCAAAGACAUUAGGGACAGAUUGAAUAAGGUAGCAGCUGAUGGGAACAAUUUUGGUCUUGGGAAAAUCGAUGUUGGUCCUGAACUUGUUUUGCAAAGGAGAGAAUUGACUCACUCCCAUGUUGAUCCUUUAAGUGUAAUUGGGAGGGAGAAUGAUAAGGAAGAAAUUAUCAAGGUUUUGAUGCAACCACAUCCUCAUGGUGAUGGUGAUGGUGACAAAAGUUUGUGUGUUAUUCCCAUUGUGGGAAUUGGAGGCUUGGGAAAGACCACUCUUGCAAAGUUGGUUUACAAUGAUAAAAGGAUGGAUGAUCUUUUUCAGUUGAAGAUGUGGACUUGUGUCUCUGAUGAUUUUGACAUCAGUCAAAUAAUUAUUAAAAUCAUCAACUCCGUUUCUGCUUCAACGUUCACUCCAGUUUCAGCUCCACCGAGUCUUGCUCCUGGUCACCAAAAAAACAUCAAUAAUUUCGAUAUUGAGCAGCUACAAAGUUGUUUAAGACCAAAACUUGUUGGUCAGAAGUUUUUGCUUGUGCUAGAUGAUAUAUGGAAUGAUGAUCGUGCAAAAUGGAUUGAGUUGAUAGAUUUGAUAAAAGUCGGUGCAACAGGAAGCAAAAUCAUAGUGACGACACGUAGCAACUCAGUUGCUUCAAUGAUGGGUACAAUUCCCUCGUACGUUUUGGAAGGUCUUUCUCUAGGGGAUUGUUUAUCGUUGUUUGUCAAAUGGGCAUUUAAGGAAGGUGAAGUAAUUAAAUAUCCAGAUCAAGUGGAGAUUGGAAAAGAAAUCGUGAAAAAAUGUGCAGGAGUUCCGCUUGCUGUGAGAACAUUAGGAAGUUCCUUAUUCUCAAAAUAUGAUUUAAAAAAGUGGCGAUUUGUGAGAGAUUCUGAGAUAUGGAACUUAGAACAGAAGAAAGAUGAUAUUUUGCCUGCAUUAAAGUUAAGCUAUGAUCAAAUGUCAUCUUGUUUGAGGCAAUGCUUUGCUUACUUUUCCCUUUAUCCCAAAGAUUAUACGUUUUCUUGUGAUGAUAUUACUAGGCUUUGGAUAGCUCUUGGAUUAGUACAGUCUCAGAAUGGGAAUGAGAAACUGAAGGAUAUUGCAAGAGAAUAUCUAGACGAGUUAAAUUCUAGAUCAUUUCUUCAAUAUUACGAUAACAUUAAUAUUCCUGACUAUUUCAAAUGUGUAACAGUGGACUCACAUACUAGGAAUGUACCUGAACACGCAAGACACUUAUCAAUUGUUGAAAAAAUUUCAGCAGACAAUGCUUUGUUCCCCAAGUCCAGAAGUUUGAGAACUAUAUUAUUUCCCAUCGAAGGAGUGGGUCUUGACAUGGGAACUUUGUUGGAUACUUGGAUAUCAAGAUACAAAUACUUACGAUAUUUAGAUUUAAGAUAUUCUUCCUUCAACACCCUGCCUAAGUCAAUUGCUAAAUUGGAGCACUUGCGAGUUCUCGACCUUACUCAUAAUUUGAAUAUCAGAAGACUUCCCCAUUCUAUUUGCAAACUCCAUAAUUUGCAAGUCUUGAAACUCACUGGAUGCACGGAGCUUGAAACAUUGCCUCAAGGGUUGGGGUUGUUGAUUAGCCUUCGGGAACUUUACAUAACCACAAAGCAAUCAGUUAUGUCAUUGACAGAAUUUGCAAACUUGAACCACCUUCAAGAUUUGACUUUUCAUAAUUGUGACAAUAUGAAGUUUCUAUUCAGCGAGGCACAACAACUAUCUUCCCUUGAAAUAUUGUCUGUUAGUUCAUGUGGUAGCCUAGAGUCCUUACCUCUCUUUAUUUUUCCUAAACUACAGACUCUGAUUAUUUCAGACUGUCAGAUGAUAAACUUGUCGUUGUACAACGAAAGUCCAAUCCAAAGUUUGACGAUGAAGCAAUUAUAUAUUGGAAAUCUUACGGGGCUUCUGACAUUUUCUGGUUGGAUUGAAGGUGUUGUAGAUACUUUAGAGACCUUACAAAUUUAUGAACUUCCCAAUCUUAAGACACUUCCCGAGUGUCUAACAAGAAUGACUCGUCUUAAGAGGCUUCAGAUGUUUGACUGCCCUCAACUGUUGAGUCUUCCAAGUGAUCUUCAUCGCCUCACUGCCCUUGAAAAUUUAGUCAUAUAUGAUUGUUCUAAAUUGUUCCAAAAAUAUCAGCCUCAGCUUGGUGAGUACUGGCACAAGAUUGCUCACAUAAAAAAUAUUGAGGUGGACGAAUGA